GCAUGUGCAUGGCUUGCUUACUUCCUUUUUCCGGUUCACUGUUAGGAGUUUGUAGGGCUUUUCAGGUGAGCAUAAUGGCUGAGGAGCAGUCUCGGGCAAACCCUUCCAAAAAGUCGGGCCGACUCUACUGCAAAGCGGUCUUCACUGGUUACAAACGAGGCCUCCGUAACCAACAUGAAAACACUGCUUUAUUGAAGAUCGAUGGUGUUAUCACUCGCAAAGAAACAGACUUUUACCUUGGAAAACGUUGUGCUUACGUAUAUAAGGCAAAGAGGAAAACUGCCUGCCCUGGUCAUGAUAAGCCAAGCCAUCUGAGAGUUAUCUGGGGUAAGAUCACCCGGGCUCAUGGCAACAGUGGAGCUGUGCGGGCUAAAUUCAGGAAGAUGCCAUCUUUGGCAAUCGGUCGUCGUGUGCGUGUGAUGCUGUAUCCAUCAAGGAUUUAGGAGACCAUUGCUUGUUUUGAAUAAAACAAUAAGACUGGUGA